AUGACGUCCAACUCUCGCGCGGCCGACGGUGACGAUGGCGGUCGGGGCCAUUUGCCCUGUCAAGCGAAUGAGGCAGAACCCCUCCUUGGCCGUAGCAGGCCGCGGUCGGUGGCCGGCGGUUGGCACAAGCGGAUGACGGCCGACAUCUCGCGCUCUCGAGCGGACCUCGUCUUGCUGCUCUGCUACGUCGUCACGGGGCUGCUCGACAGCGCCUCGGUCCAGGUCUGGGGCGCCUUCGUCUCGAUGCAGACCGGUAGGUCGGCGGGUGAGGGAGAGACCCGGGCUCCGAACUUGGCUCACCUCGGUGCAGGAAACACCGUCUACGUCGGCCUCGGCCUCGCCUCCCUCCUCUUCCCGCCGACGACGGCGCGCCUCUACAAGUCGGGCGUCUCCCUGCUCUCCUUCUGCCUCGGCUCCUUCCUCCUCGCCCGCUUCCACCGACGCUUCUCGCCGACGAAGCGCUGGGUGCUCUGCGUCUCCUUUGCCGCCCAAACCCUAUUCGCCGUCGCCGCCGCCCUCGUCGUGACGGUCAGCAAGCCGGCGUCGAGCGAUGCCGUCGACUGGACCGUCCUCGUGCCCCUCGUCCUCGUCGCCUUCCAGAGCAGCGGCCAGGCGGUGGCGAGCCGGGCUCUCCGCUACAACGCGCUGACGAGCGUCGUCCUCACGAGCAUCUACUGCGACCUCUUCUCCGACGAGCACCUGUUCGCCCGCCGCAACGGCGAGCGCGACCGUCGGGCGGCCGCCCCGCUGCUGCUCCUGCUCGGCGCCGUCGUCGGCGGCGUCUUUGCCCACAGCGGGAUCGGCAUCGGCGGUGCGCUGUGGACGGCGGCCGGGUUGAAGCUGUCCAUCGUCCUCUUGUGGUUCCUUUGGCCCGCCGACGUGGCCGAAGCGGACGAGGAAGGGUAG